GGCCCGGGGACCGAGUGGAGGCUCCUGCGGACCUGAAAUCUCUGAAAUCUCCGCUCAACUGGAUAAAACCGCGGAGGGGCGUCCGGAUGGAGCUCCAAAUAACAGGGAUAUUAUUACACGUUUGGGUUUUUCUCGCACAUGGAUUAUCACGGGAAUUAUUGCAUUCAGUCGGACUGCCCGGUCCAUGCGUGAUUUAAGGUAACAUCUCCACCAGUGUGAAACAGGAAGUGUUGUCUGUGAGCAGCCAUGGGCCAGAGAGCUGCGCUUCUGCUCACUGAGCUUCUGCUGCUGUUGCUGACAGCCUCGCGCACUCUCCUCGCAGUCAGCUUCCCAGAGGACACCGUGCCCCUCGAUGUCAUUGAUGCGCACUUUUCACGGAGAUACCCCGUGUUCAGAGGCAGGCCCUCUGGCAACGAGUCCCAACAUCGCCUUGACUUUCAGCUGAUGACCAAGAUACAGGACACACUGUUCAUCGCUGGCAGAGAUCAGGUGUACCUUGUCAGUCUGAGAGAAUCCUACAGGAAUGAGAUCAUUCCUUACCGGAAGUUAACAUGGCGAUCGGGCCAACUUGACAGAGACAUGUGUGCUGUAAAGGGAAAACACAGAGAUGAGUGCCACAACUUCAUCAAAGUGCUGGUCCCCAGGAAUGACGACCUGGUGUUUAUCUGUGGUACCAAUAGCUUUAACCCCAUGUGCAGAUACUACAGGCUGGAUAACCUCGAGUUUGAUGGGGAAGAGAUCAGUGGUCUGGCACGGUGCCCAUUUGACUCCAAGCAAACCAACGUUGCCCUGUUUGCUGAAGGGAAGUUGUAUUCUGCAACUGUAGCCGACUUCCAGGCCAGUGAUUCUGUCAUCUACCGUAGUAUGGGUGACGGAUCAGCUUUAAGAACCAUAAGAUAUGACUCCAAAUGGCUAAAAGAACCUCAUUUCCUGCAUGCAGCGGAGUAUGGGAAUUACGUCUACUUUUUCUACCGAGAGAUUGCAGUGGAGCACAGCAAUCUGGGAAAGGUUGUGUAUUCCCGCGUGGCCCGAAUCUGUAAAAAUGACAUCGGCGGCUCGCAGCGGGUGCUGGAGAAGCACUGGACUUCUUUUGUGAAAGCGAGGCUGAACUGCUCUGUGCCGGGCGAGUCAUUCUUCUACUUCGAUGUGCUGCAGUCCAUCACCGACAUCAUCGACAUCAACGGCGUUCCCUCGGUGGUGGGCGUGUUCACCACGCAGAUGAACAGUAUCCCAGGGUCUGCUGCCUGUGCCUUCUCCAUGGCGGAUAUAGAGAAAGUAUUCUUGGGCCGGUUCAAAGAGCAGAAGACGCCCGACUCUGUGUGGACUCCGUUUCCGGAAGAGAAGCUGCCUAAACCUCGACCCGGGAGCUGUGCCGGUCACGGUCCAGCUGCGUCCUUUAAGAGCUCCAUUGAGUUCCCGGAUGACACCCUGCAGUUCAUCAAGUCCCACCCACUGAUGGACACAGCUGUGCCGUCCAUCGGGGACGAGCCUUGGUUCACCAAGACGCGAGUCCGCUACAGGCUAACAGCACUGGCUGUGGACAAUGAAGCAGGACCGCACAAGAACUACACGGUGGUGUUCAUCGGGGCCGAGUCGGGGAUCGUUCUCAAGGUUUUGGCCAAAACCUCCUCUGAGUUCCUGAACGACAGCUUGCUCCUGGAGGAAAUAGACGUCUUCAACAAGGCCAAGUGCCUGUCUACCCGUGAGGACGACAAGCGUGUCCUCUCGCUGCAUGUGGACAAAGACGCACACAGCCUUUAUGUCGCCUUUUCAAGCUGUGUCAUCCGUGUUCCCCUGAGUCGCUGUGAAAGGCAUUCUUCCUGCCACAAGUCCUGCAUCGCGUCAAGGGAUCCGUACUGCGGCUGGAAGACUCACGGAGCUUGUGAGAGGAUACAACCGGGUGUUUUGGCUGGAUAUGAGCAAGACGUUGAAUUUGGAAACACUGCCCACCUCGGCGACUGCCAGGCAUUUUUGGGCACUACUUCAGCGCCAGAUUACAAAUCAUUUGGCGACCCUACCUCUGACAUGGAGUUUUCAUCUGCGCCCGUCACUGUCCAGCCCAGUGGGCCCAUACACCCCCCAGUACUCAUACCCACUCAGAACCCCAGCCCUGAGCCUGCUCCAAAGCUCUACGGCUCAGGCUUUGUGCAGCAGGAUGACCCAGCCACGUCUCAUUCUUUAGACUCUAUCCCAGGGGGGCAAGAGGGUAUGUGGGAUAACCAUACAAGUGAUACCAACCAGAUGGUCCACAUGAACAUCCUCAUCACUUGCGUCUUUGCUGCUUUUCUCAUGGGUGCCCUACUGGCUGGUCUGAUUGUGUUCUGCUAUCGUGACUCUGUCCUGCGCAAACCCAGACGUGUCCACAAAGACGCAGAGUCCGCACCAUCCUGCUCUGACUCCAUUGGGAGUUUUGUCAAGCUCAACGGUCUUUUUGACAGCCCUGUCAAGGAAUACCAGACAAACAUUGAUGCUCCUAAGCUGUACACCAAUCUGCUCAGCAAUGGCAAAGACUUGAAUACACCCAAUGGUGACACAACAACCAUGAUCCUACGGGAUGGGUGUCAGCCCCCAGAGCUGGCUGCCCUACCCACACCUGAGUCUACCCCUGUGCUUCAGCAGAAGGGCCUACAGCCCAUCAAGAACCAGUGGGAGAGGGCUCACGGGAAGGCCAGUGGGCCUCAUAAGGAAUCAAACUCAUCAGCAAAGAGUCCACAGUUCCUUCCCUCUUCCUCUGCUCCUGGUAACUCAAAUCCCCACCACCCUAGCCUCGCCCUAGGACACUCCCAUAUCCCUAGUGCUGUUGUCUUGCCCAACGCUACACAUGACCAACCUAACCUUGAUAACGGAGAUGAGACUCUACCACAUUCUUCUGAAAAAAAGCUGAAGAACACAGAUUCUAAGGGAAGUAGGAAAGAGCAAAAGAGGUCUGUGGAUGCGAGGAAUACCCUAAAUGACCUUUUAAAACAUCUCAAUGACUCUGUGGCCAACCCCAGCGCCAUUCUCCAAGAGGGAUCGGGGCCUCGGCCAAGGCCACAGCUCACACUGGAGCCUAUGGACGAACUGACUGAAGUACCCCCCAAGGUCCCCAGUCGUGAGGCUUCCUUGUACUCACCUUCCUCCUCCCUGCCAAGGCACAGCCCCACCAAGAGGGUUGAUGUGCCCAUGCCCAGCGCCCCCACUACACCAACAGGAAGCCUGAGCAUGGGAGGAACCCUGGAAAGGCAAAGAGGGGGGUACCAACUCCACCGGAGUGCCUCUCACAGGCACUCUUUAUCCACCUCACCUAAUGGGGUGACCAUGGGGGUUUCUGUAUCCCGCCAACAAAGUAUGAACAGAGGGGGUUACAUGCCCCCAACACCCCCCUCCAGACUUGAUUCCCACGGUGCAGUCAUGGCGCCAGGGAUGCACUCACCACACCCAUCAUCUGUGUCCCGUCAGGGCAGCUACAGUGGGCAUGGCUCACUCCCGCGCACAGGGCUUAAACGGACCCCAUCGAUAAAGCCAGAUGUGCCCCCUAAACCCAAUGGAUUUUCUCAGCAACAGACUCCACAAAUGCGGGUGGUCAACAAAUACAGUUAUUAGAAUGACAUGGACAAUUCUGAGUGAGCUCUUGGCCUGUGGAGCUUUGCAGCCUGAGGGUUUGGAGGGUGUGGAUGACGAUAAGCCCUCAUGUGUGUUUGUGUAUCAACUUGAGGUGUGUUAACCCUUUAAAUUAUAUGCACAUUCACUAACACUUAAAAGGGAAAACCACAUGUGUGGCCAAAGAUGCUCAUUGGGGCUCCCUGUGACCCCAUAUCCCUCCCUGGGCCUGAAAGCUACAGGAUAUGAACAGCAGACAGUGGUGGAUCUGCUGCUCAUCAUUGUGUCUGGACUUGGGUGUUACCCAUUUCCAGAUUAGGUAUGAGGUUUCGGACACCAGCAAGCUGCUACGCAUGUGGUACCAGGUCCAAAAAAGUGGAAUACUUGAAGAGUGGGUCUGAGUUGUUCCUGCCCCUGAGCACUGUCUUCCCACAAAUGUGAACUCAACAGAGAAGAUAGAUAGACCAUGCCUUUGGUAGUGAGAUGGUGGAUGGGCAGAAGAUCAGUAAUCGUUGUGUGUGUGUGUUGCUUUAGAUGCAUAUGAACAGGAACAACUAACUAAAGCAUCAAGCGAAGAGAAAGCGAGUCUAUAUGAAUGUGUUUGGAUGUGUGCUGGGUGACUGGAAAACAAAUAUUUGUAAAAGCAGCACACAAAUUAGGCCUUCUAGAGUGGUGCCACUUCAGAGAAAGCACCUUAAGACCUGUUGAAGACCUAAGUCACUGUCCUUCAUUUCAACCAUAUUGUCUACUUUUUAUCUUGAUUGAAGCCUCGUGAACCAACCCUGAACUUCAUUUUCACGUCACUUUUCUGAUGGUAAUUAGGUCAGGCUAUUAUGAAGUUGGUUAUUCUUGGUGCAUACUGAAACAGGGACAAAGUAAUUCACUGGGAAAUUUGACUUGACAUUUGCUGCUAUUGGUUUUAGACAUAGGUGUGUGUUUGAGGUUUUUUUUUUCUCCCUAAACCACGCUCAUCUGCUCGAGUGUGUAAGUAUGUGUGUUAUAUUGUAAACAGAGGCCAGGAAGUUAAAGCAAACAAAAUGCGCAUUUGGAACUGAUUUGUAGGUAAAAUACUUCUAUCCAUGACUAAAAAGCUUACCCCACCGUCCACUGCUCAAGUAGCAGUUGUAUUAAGAAACUGUUCAUCUCAGUCUAUAAACAAUUUAAUUUUGUUUAAGCUUAUUUAAAGCAUUUACCAUGCAACACUAAAGCAAAACCAAUGGUAUAUCCCAUUCUGAUGACAAAGACAUUUCCGUACACUUCUAUUUCUAAUAGUCUCCUAGUAGAAGAACUAGAGUUUCCCCUCCUGCAUUAACCCUAUUAAUGAUAUACUGAACUGACCCUAGAAACAUUUAUGGGUGUAACAUCUUUGUUAUCUGUUCUGCAGCCUGUGUUCCCUUUCCAGCUUCCCUGCAAGUGGCCAGUGUACAAUCAACUCAACAUUUACCAAUGUGUUCAAACGAGUCAUGCUGGGAAUGACAAGAUCCUGUAUAUACUUAAAUACUAUAAAUAAGGAGUAUAAAUAUUUUUAGGCAAGUGAACCUGAAUCUGUGCAUUGUGUGCCUUAUUCACAAAAUGAACCAGUAUAGUAAAUAAUAACGGCAAUGUCAAUUGGUCCACUCUAUGUUCUUGUCAUGUUCUGUAAACAAUUUUUAUACAAGUAAUUUGAAAUUGAGUGAGAUUUGUGUUGGAAGAUCACUACCUAAGUCAUUCUACCUGGGAAUGCCAGU